AGCGCUGGAAUCAAUCGACCCCCUCCACUCCUCCCUCCCCUUUUCUCCAUCUCUCUUUCUCUCUCUCUAUGGACAAUCAACAGGAGGGAGAGGAAGGAGCGCGCGCACACAGAGGGAAUUCAGAGUUACUGAGCUAACGUUACUGAUUGGACUUGCUUUUGACGUGCAGCGCGCGCGAGGCUGAAGUGGAGCCACCUGCCCUUUAUACACACCGGCGAUGCAGCAGCGCGCGCUAGCGUGAUCAGCGCGUGCCAGGUACGUUGUGAGGAGCCAGCCAGCGCGCGCUCCGGAGGAACCCGCGUGCGCCUCUCACUCUCUCUCGCGCUCGCGCGCCAUGGCACAGUCCCAGAACGGCACCGCGCUCCCGGGGAACCUCACCAACCAGUUCGUGCAGCCCCCGUGGCGCGUGGCGCUCUGGUCCCUCGCCUACAGCACCAUCCUGGGCGUGGCCGUGUUCGGGAACCUAGUGGUGAUGUGGAUCAUCCUCGCGCACAAGCGGAUGCGCACCGUCACCAACUACUUCCUGCUGAACCUGGCCUUCUCGGACGCGUCCAUGGCCGCCUUUAACACGCUGGUGAACUUCGUGUACGCCACGCACGGGGACUGGUACUUCGGAGAGGCGUACUGCAAGUUCCACAACUUCUUCCCCGUCACCUCCGUGUUCGCCAGCAUCUACUCCAUGACUGCUAUAGCCGUGGACAGGUACAUGGCUAUAAUUCACCCGCUGAAGCCUCACCUGUCGGCCACGGCUACUAAAGUGGUGAUCGUGUUUAUCUGGGUGCUGGCGGUUGUCCUGGCCUUCCCCCUGUGUUUCUUCUCCACCAUCAGAAAAUUACCCAAGAGGACUCUGUGCUACGUGGCCUGGCCCAGAUCCAGCGAGGACUCCUUCAUGUACCAUAUCAUAGUGACUGCACUGGUGUACAUGCUGCCCCUGGUGGUGAUGGGGAUUACCUACACUAUAGUGGGGGUGACGCUAUGGGGAGGGGAGAUCCCUGGAGACUCGUCGGAUAAUUACCACGGUCAGCUGCGUGCAAAGAGGAAGGUGGUGAAGAUGAUGAUCAUCGUGGUCGUGACCUUUGCCAUCUGCUGGCUGCCGUACCACGUGUACUUCCUGAUUACAGGCCUGAACAAGCAGCUGGUGAAGAGGAAGUCCAUCCAGCAGGUCUACCUCGCGGUCAUGUGGCUCGCCAUGAGCUCCACCAUGUACAACCCCAUCAUCUACUGCUGCCUCAACAGCAGGUUUCGUGCCGGUUUCAAGCGAGCGUUCCGCUGGUGCCCCUUCGUACGCCUGUCCAGCUACGACGAGCUGGAGCUGAGGGCUACGCGUCUGCAGGUGGCUCGGCAGAGCAGCAUGUACACCCUGUCCCGCAUGGAGACCACCGUGGUGGCGGUGUGCGACCCGACGGAGCCUUCGACCAACCCGACCCGAAAAAGCCUCCUGAACCACCACCCCAACGGCUGCUCCCACUCCACCAAGAGCAGAGCGAUCACCUACACGCCCAGCGACCCUCAGGAGGAGUUCUGCUGAAGACCGUGUGCCAAUGCUGCAGUACUCGGGGGGACGACGGACGGAAGGAACAUCUUGCCUCGUUUAUCUUUCGCUCCAUUUUAUUGUGCAUCUUAAAUGAAGAUUGAGAGAUGAAGUGUAUUUGAGGCCUGUUGUUGUGGGUUUUAGUCAUUAAGGGCCAAAAA